UACUAUAUAUACUUAUGCCUAUGGUGAUCAGUUCUCAAGUGUCUACUUGUCUCUGAAUUUUGCUCUAUUUUCUACAUCAUAUAACACGAUGGCUACUGGUGGAAAGCUUGAUGUUGAGAUUGAGGUCAAAUCUUCUGCUGAUAAAUUCUGGGGGGCUAUCAGAGAUUCCACCUCUCUCUUUCCCAAAGCCUUUUCUCACGAUUACAAGAGCAUUGAAGUUCUUGAGGGCGAUGGCAAGGCCCCUGGCUCUGUUCGUCGCAUAACAUAUGCUGAAGGUUCUCCUAUUGUUAAGGUAUCGACCGAAAAGAUCGAAGCUGUAGAUGAUGUGAAGAAGGAGGUUUCUUACCGUGUGAUUAAUGGGGAUCUCUUGAAGUACUAUAAGGUUUUCAAGGGCAUCGUAGCUGUAAGUCCAAAGGGAGAUGGGAGCUUGGUGAAAUGGUCAUGUGAGUAUGAAAAGGCAAGCAAUGAGAUUCCUGAUCCAAGCGUCAUCAAGGAAUUUGCUGUCAAGAACUUCAAAGAAGUGGAUGAGUACAUUGCCAAAACAUAAGAUGCAAUCUGCCUACAGGAAGGUUGCGUUUUGCCCUCAUAAAUAAUGUGGAGUCUCUCUCUUUCCACAAUAUGAUACUAGUUUCAAUCUUUCUAUGUGGUUUCUUAGUCUGCAAUAUGAGUUUCUACUCAUUUAUCAGUUAAAUUAUGUAAUGGUUUGGUCAAGUUUAUGCUACUCCCUACAUUAAAUUUGCUCUGUGUACUCCAUGAGGCAUAUCAUAGUGUCAAGUUACAUAAUCAGUUGUCCUUGAGAUCAUCAAAGAUGUCUGAUUAUGGGCAAAGAAAGUUUCUUACUUCCCCAAAAGCUGAGAUUUGGUGAGAUGCCAUAAAAAGUCCAUUAAUACA